AUGUCCAAAUUCAACGGAGACACAAGUUCAGAAGUCAUGAUGAUCCCAUCUUCCCAAUUAGAUGGUCGAUCAGAUGACGAAAUCAUUGCUACACUCCUCAAGUACCAAGCCAUAACAUCUGAGAAGAACGUAUGGACGUUCUGGGACACUGGGUUCUCAGAAAUGCGACCAUAUGUCAGACGGAAUAUUAUUGGAUGGGUCCGGAGACUUGGGCCAGAUUGGACUGUACGUGUCCUAGAUCACGUCGCCGGCUCUCCGUUGAACGUCUCUACAUUCGUUAAUUCGACUUUCUUCCCCGAGGCGUUUAACAACGGCACCAUGUCGGGGAUAUAUGCCGGUGUUCACAGCGCGGAUCUUGUCAGGUUACCCCUCCUCUAUCUCUAUGGAGGUGUCUGGAUGGAUACAGGCAUCAUGCUAUUCAGAAGCAUUCAUGAUAUCUGCUGGAGGGCGCUAGAAGAUCCAAGAACGCCGUAUGAAAUUGCAGGCUUCGCUACAGGAACAGAGCCCAGCAACGAUAUCAUCAUGAAUUGUUUCAUUGCAGCAAAAAGCGGAAAUGGCUUCAUCAGACGAUGGCACGACGUAUUCCUAGCGAUGUGGGAAAAUCGGACGGAUUGCAAGGGCUUACAUGACCAUCCCCUAGUCCGUCCUGUGAAACCAGUCCAGAUCCCGAAAAUCAUGCAGACUACAUUCGCAAUCGACAACCAGUUAUUCAACGACUACGUGGCACAUUUCCUCGCCUUCAAGAGGGUCUGGAUGCUGGAGGAUCCCGCCGAUGGCUUCAACGGCCCACGAUAUUGGGAAAACCACGCGUUUAUGCUACCAGUGCAGGAAGCUUUCCUCGCCCAGCAAAUUUGUAAAUUUGAUGGACAACGCCAGUUCGAUCUCCUCUCCCUCCAGAGGGAAGGGCUUGCACCUGCCGAUCGAGAUCAGGAAGCCGAGACACUGGUCCAAGAGCUUCUGACUCAUGCUUCUACCAUGAAGCUCUCACGCGGCUUGAAGAACAACAAGCUUGUCCACCUCGCCAAGCUGUGGGAUCUGCCUGAAAACUCCGAGGCAGAUGUUAAGCCCGGCUCAUUUGGGGAAUAUCUCAGGUGGGGCAGCGUGCACUUGAAGCAGACUCGCACGCUGAAGCCGCUUCAAAUCCAUUGGACUGGAGAGGUGCUGCGCGCCGGAGUGACGGAAAUUGUGAAAUAG